AUGUCCAAGCCGCACCCGUACUGCCGCACCGACGCACACGCGCGCACGUCGCUCUACUUCUCGCGCCUGCGCACGUGGUUCCGCGACCGCCUCCUGGCGUGGGUGACGGUCGCGGGCUCGCGCCCGCCGACGGUCGCGCGCGAAACGGAACAGGACGGGCACAUCUCCGGCUACCUCGUCUACGAGAGCGUGUACGACGCCGAGCUCAUCCUCGCGACGUGGGAGACGGCGGUGGGCGUCCAGUUCCUCGACCUGCGCAUCGCGCCCGACUUUCCCCCGCCCCUCGUGCUGCCCAGCCCCACGGCGGGCCCCACCACACUCCCGGUGCCCGAGCUCCGCUCGCCCAGCGUGCAUGGCGCCCCGUAUUUUUCGCAGCCGUAUGCGGCGACCACGCCGCGGCGCAUCGUGCCUGCUGAGCGGGCAGGGGAAGAGGGGGGAGAGAGCGCGGAGGGGGAGGUGGGGAGCGGAGGCGCCGACGUCGAUGUCGAUGUCCAGGAUGUGUUCCGGGUUAUGCGGGUGUGGGGGCCUGUGAGGACGAUCUCUAUCGUCUCUGGCUGUGAGGAGGUGCGGGAGGGCGUGCUGGAGUACAGUGACGGCGGGGAGGGGCCUAGUCCGCGCAAGAUGGGGAGGGGGAAAAGGCGUGCGGCUGAAGCCGCAACCGACGCGGACGAUACCGACGACGCCGACGCCGACGACGCAAAUACCAAUGCGACCAACGCCCCCCGCAAAAAACGCCGCACGCCAUGGCGCGUCGACGUCGCGUUCUGGUACGAAGAGGACGCGGACCGGCUGCAGCGCGAGUGGGACGGCGUGCUGGCCGGCUGGCGCGCCGACGUGAGCGUGCCCGAGUGGUGGAGCGGGCUGCCCACAUGGGCGGACCAUGCGCCGCGCACGCCCUACUGCCGCCCGCCGACGCCCGUGACAAGUUAGUGUUGUACUGUAGCAGUGUACAAGCCGUAGCGGAGGUAUUCUAGCACUGUACAUGAGGUU